AUGACCAAGAAGGUCUCUGGUUUCCAGAAUACUGUCUACUGGACGAACUGGAGUGUCUACGCUCGCCAGUAUCCGCCACAGAAGCUUCCUGCCGACAAGGUCAACCAGGUCCUAUACUCGUUCAUGAACGUCCGUGCUGACGGUACUGUCCGUCUUAGCUUCUCUGGCGACACGUAUGCCGAUCUCGAGCAGCACUACCCUACUGACUCGUGGAACGAUGUUGGCAAGAACGCCUAUGGCGCUGUAAAGCAGCUUGGUCUGAUCAAGAAGAGCAACCGCCGCCUCAAGGUCAUCCUCUCUAUCGGUGGCUGGACUUGGUCUACCAACUUCCCGGCCGUUGCCGCUUCCCCCACAGCUCGUGCCAACUUCGCCAAGACGUCUGUCGAGCUGGUCAAGGACUGGGGCUUGGAUGGUAUCGACAUUGACUGGGAGUACCCGGCCAGCUCUGCUGACGCGGACAACUUUAUCCUUCUGCUCAAGGCCGUACGCGCCGAGCUCGAUGCCUACAGUGCUCAAUAUGCCGGCGGCUACAAGUUCCUCCUCACUGCCGCCGUCCCCGCCGGCCCAUCCAACUACAACAUCCUCCGUCUUGGGCAGAUGGGCCAGAUCCUUGACUACCUCAACCUCAUGGCGUACGACUAUGCCGGCGGCUGGGACCUUGCCCACACCGGCCACCAGGCCAACCUGUACCCCAAUCCUUUGAACCCGGAUGCCACCCCGUUCUCCACGGACCGCGCCGUCAAUGACUACCUUGCCGCUGGCGUCCCCGCUCGCAAGAUUGUCAUGGGCAUUCCUCUUUACGGCCGCGCAUUUGAGGGCACCAGCGGUCUCGGCCAGCCCGCCACCGGCACCGGCCAGGGCACCUGGGAGGCUGGCGUGUACGACUACAAGGCGCUCCCUCUUGCCGGCUCUGUCGAGAAAUACGAUAUAGUUGCUGGCGCCUCGUACUCGGAGGACACCUCUGCCAAGCGCAUCGUGUCGUACGACACCAUCGAGAGCGUCACCAAGAAGCUCGGCUUCGUCAGCACCAAGGGCCUGGGCGGCACCAUGUUCUGGGAGGCGUCUGGCGACCGCACCGACUCCAAGUCCAUCAUUGCCAAAUGCUUCAACGACCAAGGUGGAGAUGCGACCAUUGAUCAGACUCAGAACCUCCUUAAAUAUCCAAAUUCGACCUACGACAACAUCCGCAACGGUCUGUAG